AUGCAGAGGAGUGCCAGAGAAACUGAUACAAUGCGAAGUCAGGUACUGUUUCCCUUCCUGCUGUGUUUGUUCUGCGGGGCCAUCUCCCAGCCCAUUCGAUACUCAAUUCCAGAGGAGCUGGCCAAGGGCUCUCGAGUGGGGAACCUCGCCAAGGAUCUGGGGCUCAGUGUCCAGGAGUUGCCAGCUCGAAAACUGCGGGUUAGUGCAGAGGAUUAUUUCAGUGUUAGUGCAGAGAGUGGGGACUUGUUAGUGAGCGGCAGGAUAGAUAGAGAGAAGAUUUGCGGGAGAAAAUCUGAGUGUGCACUGGAAUUCGAAUCAGUCAUUGAGAACCCAAUGAAUAUUUUCCACGUGAUUAUUGAUAUCCAAGAUAUUAAUGACAAUGCACCAUGUUUCAUUGCAAAAGAGACUGAAUUAGAAAUUUGUGAGUCAGCAUUACCAGGGGUAAAAUUCCCUCUGGAUUCUGCACAAGAUGCAGAUGUAGAAAGUAACUCACUGAAGAUAUACACUAUCAGCCCCAAUGAAUACUUCUCUUUGUCGACAAAAGAAAGUCCAGAUGAAAGUAAAUAUCCAGAAUUGUUGCUGGAAAAACCUCUAGACAGGGAACAUCAGAACUCCCAUCGCUUAAUCCUAACCGCCAUCGAUGGUGGGGAACCGCCUCUAAGCAGCACCACCCAGAUUCGGAUCAAAGUCACUGACGCCAACGAUAAUGCUCCGGUGUUCAGCCAGGACAUAUACAGAGUUAGUCUCAAAGAAAAUGUGCCCCAGGGAACUUCUGUGCUGCGAGUGACGGCCACAGAUCAGGACGAAGGCAUUAAUGCAGAGAUCACCUAUGCCUUCCUCAAUGCUCCUACAAGUGCUAGCCUCAUUUUCCAUCUCAAUCCAAAUACGGGCGAUAUCACAACUAACGGUACAUUGGACUUUGAAGAAAGAAAUAGAUACGUGUUGGGUGUGGAAGCCAAGGAUGGAGGGGUGCACACAGCUCAUUGUAAUGUUCAGAUUGAAGUUGUUGAUGAAAAUGACAAUGCCCCAGAGGUGACAUUUGUGUCCUUUUCUAACCAGAUUCCAGAGGACUCAAACCUUGGAACCAUAAUAGCCCUCAUUAGGGUGCGAGACCGGGAUUCUGGGCAAAAUGGUCUGGUGACCUGCUAUAUUCAGGAAGAGGUUCCCUUUAAAUUAGAAUCCACUUCCAAGAAUUAUUACAAGCUGGUAAUUGACAGGGCCCUAAACCGGGAAGAGACCGCAGAGUACAAUGUUACCAUCACAGCCAACGACAGGGGCAAGCCAUCCCUUUUCUCCACAGCAAGCGUCACCCUCUACAUCGCGGACAUCAAUGACAAUGCGCCGGUUUUCCAGCAGGCUUCCUACACGGUCCAUAUAGCUGAGAACAACCCACCUGGAGCCUCCAUCGCUCAGGUCAGUGCCUACGACCCGGACUUGGGCACCAAUGGCCAAGUCUCCUACUCCAUCAUGGCCAGCGACCUGGAGCCUCAGGUACUGUCGUCCUAUGUGUCCGUGAGCGCACAUAGUGGGGUGGUGUUCGCGCAGCGAGCCUUCGACCACGAGCAGCUACGAGUCUUCCAGCUGACGCUGCAAGCGCGCGACCAUGGCUCACCAGCUCUCAGCGCCAACGUGAGCCUGCGCGUGUUGGUAGGAGACCGCAACGACAACGCGCCACGGGUGCUCUACCCCGCGCUCGCUCCCGAUGGCUCAGCGCUCUUCGACACUGUGCCGCGCGCCGCGGAGCCCGGCUACCUGGUCACCAAGGUGGUGGCGGUGGACGCGGACUCGGGACACAAUGCCUGGCUAUCCUAUCAUGUGCUGCAGGCCAGCGAUCCCGGACUCUUCAGCCUGGGGCUGCGCACUGGAGAGGUGCGCACAGCGCGUGCCUUGGGCGACAGGGAUUCGACUCGCCAGCGCCUACUAGUUGCUGUGCGUGAUGGUGGACAGCCACCCCUUUCCGCCACCGCCACGCUGCACCUGAUCUUCGCGGAUAGCCUGCAAGAGGUCUUGCCAGACCUCAGCGAUGACCCUCUGCCCACUGACCCCCAGUCUGAGCUGCAGUUUUACCUGGUGUUGGCCUUGGCCUUGAUUUCUGUGCUGUUCCUUCUGGCGGUGAUUCUAGCUAUUGCUCUGCGCCUGAGACACUCCUUCAGUUCUGCUUCCUGGGGUUGUUUUCAGUCUGGUCUCAGCUCCAAGUCUGGACCUGUGGUUCCCUCCAACUACAGCGAGGGGACUAUGCCCUAUUCCUACAAUCUAUGCGUUGCCUCGCAUUCUGCAAAGACAGAGUUUAAUUUUCUUAACAUAACACCGGAAGUGGCUCCUCCUCAGGAUCUUCUAUGUGAUAACCCUUCUAUAGCUGGUUGUGCCAAUAAUGAAGACCUUAAACUCUCCUAUGAUUCUUCUUUUUCCUCUCAGGUAAGUUUCCGUAAACCUGUCUACAUUUUUAUAUACUGUAUUUGCUUCUCCAUUGUGCAUAAUUAA